UCCCUUCUGUCUGACAGCGGAGGGGGGAGGAAGGGCGAGGAGGAGGAGGAGCGGCAUCAACAAGCAAUAACAGGCACAACACCAUCCGUCUCCCCGAGCAUCCCCUGCUGCCUUCUCUCCUAAUAAGGGGAUGCCUUCUGGAGGAGACGGCCCAGGCUGCCUGCCAGCCAGCAGCUAGAGCACGCGUCCUGCACCCUGCCAGACAAAAGGGACCUAGUCACCGACAAGGGGGCGCCUGAGCAGGUGACGAGCAACACCCCGGAUAGACCCGUCACCCGGAUCUCUGACCUCCCUCCUGUGCACGCUCCCCACCGAUUCCCGCCUUCCUCAACAAAGGAUCAUGGGAUAAUAGCGCCACCAGCACCCAAGGCCACUGGGAUAUCUUCAUCAGCGCCGCUAUUGGGAUUGCGCGCUGGAACGUUCAGGCUUUUCCUACAUGCCCUCCCGGAUUAUUCUUCAGGACGUAACAAGUGUGCCAGUCUUAGGUUGGGUACCACAGACCUCUCCUUAGUCAAAUGACUUAUCCUUGAGGAGCGGGGUACACUGUGGAAGUUUUCUGGGGGGGUCCAGGGCCCCUUGCCUUGUGGUCAGUGAUAGCAAACCUUGAGGGUGGGCACCUGGCAUUGGGGGGUAGUACAGGUUGCAGAUACAAGUUCCUUGCAUAGUGGUCUCCUUUGAUUUUAUGGGGUAGUGCAGGUCGGCCCGUGCAUUGUGCCCAGUGACCCUCGUAGCCUCUAACAUUAGGUAAUAGGGUGGGCACCUGGCAUCGCAGGCCUGUGUAUACAUUGUGGAAGUUCUUUGCUUGUAGCCUGGUAUCCUAAACACAUAUACAUGUACCCUCUGCCCUGUGACGCUGCAUACAAUACACUGAAUGCACGGAUGGCGAGGGUCUUACAGAUAUCAGCUUAUUAUAGGCUGCCCUGGAUGAGAUAAUCACAUGUUCACCUCCAGCCUCGGUGCCUGAUGCCCGUUCUGACUUCUGCUGUCUAAGCAUACUUCUGGUUGAGGCUAGAAAGGGUUAAUAGAGCACCCUCCGCACAUGUAGGUGAGCCCCAGUGAUUGGCAUUGAGAGUCAGCGGCUGAUUUGAAUACAGGUGCUGUCAGUGCAGCAGGUGGAUGGGCACAGCCUGGCAUUAUAGGACUUCUUCAUAAACAUUCCCCGACCCCAGGUAAGAGAUUAUCAGCUACCAAUGAGCCGCAAGAAGACCACCGGCAUCGGGUAGCUGUAUGGGCCGAGGUUACCAGUCCUCCAGUUCCCGGAAGUUGGAACCCUCGGAUCUGGCGGCUCUGGCCCGUGGACCUCGCUGGCUCUCUAUGUCCGCUUGUUUGGAUAAAUUUUGCUUGGAUCGGACUAGGACAUUGUACGUGCUGCUUGUUGUGUGGUAGGGGUGGUACGUACCACCACCCUUCAUGUGAUCUGUGCGGAGCAGGAUAGACGGCAGGAGAUACCCAUGGGAUAAGGAUGCCUGUCCGAAGAGGUCACGUCGCCCCUCAGAACACCUUCCUGGACACCAUUAUAAGGAAAUUCGAAGGACAAAGUCGGAAGUUCAUUAUCGCCAAUGCCCGUGUGGAAAACUGUGCCGUCAUCUACUGCAACGAUGGAUUCUGCACCAUGUGCGGGUACACGAGGGCGGAGGUCAUGCAGAGACCCUGCACCUGUGACUUUCUCUAUGGCCCCCGUACCACCUCCAGCGCGGUGUCGCAGAUCGCUCAGGCCCUGGUGGGAUCCGAGGAGCGUAAGGUGGAAAUCGCUUUCUAUCGCAAAGAUGGAAGCUGCUUCUUGUGUCUGGUUGACGUGGUCCCUGUGAAGAAUGAGGAUGGUGCCGUCAUCAUGUUUAUCCUCAACUUUGAGGUGGUGAUGGAGAAGGAUCAUCUGACCUCACCGACCAAGAACUCCAAUCACCGGGUUCAAUCACAUUGGUUCCCGUCAGGUAGAGGAAAGUCCUUCAGACUGAAGUUCCCUGCAUUGCUGACGCUGACCAGCAGUAAGCAGUCCCUACCCCAGGAGGACCCUGAUGUCGUGGUGGUCGACCUCUCCAAGCACAGCAGUGACUCUAUGGCUUUGGAGGAUGUGACCGUCGCUCCGGUGGAUAACUGUGUGGGCUGUCGGCCAGAGGACCAGCAGGCACUGAUCAGUGGCACAUUGCCUAAGAGGGAGGAGGAUGGCAGCAAAGAUCCUGCAGUGCAGUCUUCUCCCCGGGCGGACAAGGGCCACCUCAACCUGGAUAUGUCCUUCUCUAACUGUAGCCUGACCCGCACCCGCUCCCGGGAAAGCUUCUACAGCAUCCGAAGGGCCUCUUCCGUGGAUGACAUAGAGGCCAUGAAGGUCGACUUGGACAAGAAGUUUCAGAAGCGUAACUCUAGCACAGGUGCCACGAACAACGUGCGGAUGAACCUCCUGAACUCCACAUCAGACUCUGACCUCAUGAAGUACAGGACCAUCAGUAAGAUCCCGCAGAUCACCCUCAACUUUGUGGACUUUAAGGGGGAUUCGUUCCUCGUGUCGCCGUCCAACGAAAAGGAGAUUAUUGCCCCCACCAAGCUGAAGGACCGAACUCACAAUGUGACGGAGAAGGUCACGCAGGUCCUGUCGCUAGGAGCCGAUGUCCUUCCCGAGUACAAGCUACAAGCUCCUCGUAUCCACAAAUGGACAAUUCUCCACUACAGUCCUUUCAAGGCCGUCUGGGACUGGCUGAUCCUCCUGCUCGUCAUCUAUACCGCCAUCUUCACACCGUACUCUGCCGCCUUCCUUCUGAACGACCAGGAGGAGCCAAACAGAGAAAAGUGCGGCUACUGCAACCCGCUCAGCGUGGUGGACUUGAUGGUUGACAUCAUGUUCAUAAUUGACAUCCUCAUCAACUUCCGCACCACCUACGUCAACACCAAUGAAGAAGUGGUCAGCCACCCGGGCAAGAUCGCCAUCCACUACUUCAAAGGCUGGUUCCUCAUCGACAUGGUGGCUGCCAUUCCUUUCGAUCUUCUGAUUUUUGGCUCCGGCUCUGAGGAGUGGAUGGAAGAAAAUCCAAAGAACCGAAAAGAGACUACCACCUUGAUUGGUCUGCUGAAGACGGCGCGACUCUUACGCUUGGUACGAGUGGCCCGAAAGUUGGAUCGAUACUCUGAGUAUGGAGCAGCCGUGCUUUUUCUCUUGAUGUGCACCUUCGCCCUCAUUGCUCAUUGGCUGGCCUGCAUCUGGUACGCCAUUGGACACAUGGAGCACUAUGACCAGGAAUAUCGCACGAUCGGCUGGUUGUACUCACUGGGCACCCAGAUCAUGAAACCAUACAACAACAGCAACACCAAAUCUGGGCCGACCAUCAAUGAUAAAUACGUCACUGCCCUGUACUUCACCUUCAGCAGUCUGACCAGUGUCGGCUUUGGGAAUGUGUCACCAAACACCAACUCUGAGAAGAUUUUCUCCAUUUGUGUCAUGCUGAUUGGAUCGCUCAUGUAUGCCAGUAUUUUUGGGAAUGUGUCCGCCAUCAUCCAGCGUCUGUACUCUGGCACUGCCCGGUACCACACUCAGAUGCUGCGGGUCCGGGAGUUCAUCCGUUUCCAUCAGAUUCCCAACCCCCUGCGGCAGCGCUUGGAGGAGUAUUUCCAGCAUGCGUGGUCCUAUACCAACGGCAUCGACAUGAACGCAGUCUUGAAAGGUUUCCCAGAGUGCCUCCAGGCGGACAUUUGUCUCCAUCUGAACAGAAGUCUUCUUCAGAACUGCAUGCCUUUCAAAGGAGCCACAAAGGGAUGUUUGCGGGCCCUGGCCAUGAAGUUUAAGACCACCCAUGCCCCUCCCGGGGACACCUUGGUACAUGCAGGCGAUGUUCUUACGGCCCUGUACUUCCUGUCCCGGGGGUCCAUUGAAAUCUUACGUGGGGAUGUGGUGGUUGCCAUACUGGGGAAGAACGAUAUAUUCGGGGAGCCCCUCAAUCUCUACGCUCGGCCUGGAAAGUCUAACGCGGACGUCCGAGCCCUGACAUACUGUGACCUUCAUAAGAUUCACCGGGAGGACUUGCUGGAAGUCCUGGACAUGUAUCCAGAAUUCUCUGACUACUUCUGGUCCAGUUUAGAGAUCACCUUUAACCUGCGAGAUACCAACAUGAUCCCAGGAUCUCCGAGCAGCGACGAGUCGGACAGCGGAUUUAACAAGCUGAGGCGGCGCAAGCUGUCAUUCCGUAGACGAACAGACAGAGACGCUGACAAUGCCGGGGAAGUCAAGAAAAAUCUGAGGUCAAGCCGGCUGAUCCGGAACAAUCUAGCACCGGAGGAUAAAAGUUGGGGUGAGCAGCACAGUAGCCCCCCGUCCAGUCCACCGUCCAGUGAUGACGAGCAGCCGGCAGCAAUGUCCAGCACCGUCGAGCUGUCACCAACACGCGCUACGUGCAGCAACUUCACAGCAGCGAGCGGGGGAGAGGCGGAGAGGGAUCACAGCGGGGGAGACAUGUGCAAUCACCUGUCAGGAGCUUUUUCCGGGGUGUCAAACAUCUUUAGCUUCUGGGGGGACCGGAAUGGACGUCAGUACCAGGAGCUGCCACGCUGCACCACACCCGCUCACUCCACCCUCAGCGCACCCGUGCCUUCCCUCAGCCGGCGGCAAAAAUGUGAAUUAGGGAACAGGCUGGAUCAACUGCAGAAGCAGCUCAACAGGUUGGAGCACCGCAUGGUGACCGACAUCAACACUAUCAUGCAGUUAUUGCAGAAGCAGAUGGUCAUCGUCCCCCCGGCAUACAGCACCGUGUCCUCUCCCCCUCAGAUGUCCAGCUGCCCCCCGUGUGGAGAGCAGAAUAUGGCAUCCUCUUCUCAGGUUUUUGAAUACCAGGACGUGGAGGGAAUGAAUUAUAAGUUAUGUGAAAUGCCUCUGGCGCCGCAGACUCUCCAUGUGGAGCCCACUUGCAGUCCUCGACGUCUCUCGCUCCCCGGGAACUUGGAGAACCCCCUGGACUUGAGAACCCCACAGAGACAUUCCUCAGACCCGGGCAGUUAGGGGCAGGUUCACUGGAGAAGCUACUGUCAGACUAUGGACACAAGCCAAACCCUGGCACCGUAAAUUCAAAACAAAAAAGGCCAUAUGGAGUCACGCCAGGAAAACUUCAUAGCACAGACACCCGGCGUGGCGUUCUACACUUGGAUGGACGCAACGGGUGAUGGAAAAUAAGGAGCAGAUCCUCCCUUAUUGGGGAGGCUGGAACCAGACGUGGAAAUUCAGCAUCAUAAUAGGGUAAUGACGUUUCUGUGAUAUCAGCGCCUUGAGCGCCAGCUGCGGGAAGCCGCAUGAGGACGCGCUCCACCGUAGUCAGGCAACCCAUAGUUGUAAUUUCUGUCCAUCUUCUCCCUUCACUCUCGCAUUUGGAGCAACCAGGUAAAGAGUGAAUAUAUCAUCAAGAGGAUCGGGGAGUGGGGGACGAAUACUUUCCUCCCGAGCUUAGACGUUCUCUCCACAAAGCGAUCCAGCUCUAAGUGCACCGAUCAAUUCUAGGUGGAAUUGGACUUGAGGGUGGUCUGUCAGCUUAUUCCAGACCUGCCUUUGGGAGUUCUCUCAAGGAUGUUGGGGUUCCUUGUAGAUGAGAUGUGUCUUCCUGUUCACAAAUAUUAUGUCCCCUUCACCUAUGUAGUCCAUGAGUCAAGUCACCGGUUGUCAUGUGUUCUAUCACCGUUAACCUCCUGGCCGUUCCGAUGACCGAGCUUUCGUUGACCUUGUCAGUCUGCAGAGCGUCACGUCACAGGCCAGGAGCACAGACUGUUACUAUUAGUCAAUCACUGGGUUCUUGUUGCUCAUGUUUGUCCUCAGUCUCGACUGCUGUGUCUCCUAUCCUGUCAUCUUCUAGAAAAAGCACAAUGUCCUUGAGGAGCUUCUCAGGUGUAGCCCAAAGCUUGCUACCCAGGUAUAGAAGGAUAGUUGACUUUUCUAUGUCACAGAUGCUGCUCUGCUGUUUUAAGAUUCCCCCCCCCAGUGAAGUUCUCUGAUAUCUUUUACCAUUGCAGGAGUAUCUGUCGUAGGAUCGCUACCUGUGUUCCAGGGGUGGAUAACCAUCAUACGAGAAAUGAAGUGCAUGUCCUCUAUGCGGAGCUGUCAAUGACAUGGAUAUUUAUAGAGAAUCUCUAGGUCCCACUGUGGACUAAAUCACCAGAUUGUGCACCAGACAUCUGCUCUCCAUGGUUGUCUACCCCUCGAAAUAUGACAGAACAUAAGAGGCAGUGCACUAGAUUACAAUGCAAAGAUCAGUCAUCAGCAUAAAGGCUAUGGACACCUUGAAUAUCACCCACAGUAGGUUAAUGGUUACGUUGAGUUAAACUCACACUAAGUUUCGGGAUACAACCUUCAUUCAUUAAUUUUUAGAUCCCCUAAUAUUCUGUUUACAACUUGCUCCUAAUUUCGGACUUUCCUCACAUGGAUGUGUCCCUCCCAGUAAUACUGUCCAUGCUGGAUCUGUGUGUCCAGGAUGCUACUAUCUUCUCUUGCUCUCAUUUAUCUGCACAACUUCAUUCCUUGACUGAUUUUCUCUUCAUAGCUUGUAACAGAUUCUCUCUGCUUCCCUGAUGCUGAGACGUGUGAUGUCUCCUUCUGCUGUGGGUGAUCUGCUUUCUCUACACUUGUCGACAGUCUAUGAGAUUACCCCCCUGCAGACUGUCUUGUGUGUGCUCUCCUCCUAUCUACAGCCUGUGUGAGGUGUCAUCCAGGAUGUAUCUCUCCUUCUCCACACUAUGGUCUGCAGUGUACAACCUCCUCCUCCUUACUGUUCUCUCUAACACUGAGAGAAGGGAGGGGGAGAGCAGAGAGAGCUGUCAGAAACAGGAGCUGUGGUGCAUUUAUGUCAGAUUCAGCAGCGCCAACAGCUAGAUGAAGAGCUGACACAUACUCUGCAUCAGCAGAUGGUAGGAAAUAUAUAACUUAAAGGGGUAGUCCCAUCUGCGCCCUAUCAGACAAUGGGGACAUAUCCUAAUGACAUGCCCCCAUUGUCUGUGAUGGGAAUAUCCCUUUAAUUUUGCAUAUAGGAAGCAAAUGAACAAUAUAAAAAAAAUCACUGCAAAGAUGUCCAUAGCCUUUAAGGGUCCAUAUCAGGAAUAUGUAGAAAAAUAUCAUAGGAUUCAAUGUAGCCACAAUUCCAGCACUGUACUGAUUACAUUACAUUUAUCUGACUCCAGUCACAUCCAGAGCUGGAUUUAAAUUCUGCUCAUCUUGUAUUCACUCUGACUGCUGCUGGUUCCUUUUCUGUACAGAGUUUGGCUGAAGUGCAUUGCGUUUGACAGCACAGAUUCCAGCAGAAUUGUGAGCGCAGCUCUAAAUGUGAAUGGAGACCAAAACAAGAUAGAGAAUCUCAUAUACAAAGUGACUCAAUAUUAGAGGUAGGUUUAGACUGAUAUAUGGACAGCACCUCGGCCAUGUAGGGUGGCAGACUACAGGGGAUAUCUAAAUGUAUAUCCUCAAUUCACAAUUGCACUGAUUAUUAUAGGAAACAGUCAGCAAGCUUGUGGACUGACCCUGAACACGGAUGGUUUAGCACAGCCCUUAUAAUAUGGGGGGGGAUUGAAGCGACAAAGCAGCAUCGGCUGAUAGUGUCACACCAGUCUGCUCCUCCUGCGCUGCCUCGUCACGCCGCUGCUGGCCUGGGUGACACUCAUAGCAGAGGUGGAGUUCACCUGAAUUGUACAAGGUGGCUGCCUCCCCAUUAAAGAGCCAUCUCCGUUUUUGCUGUUGUGUUCACCCCGUGGCAUAGCCAUGCAGUGCCGCCAUCUGUGUUACUGUCAUGUUACUGUUCAUUUUUACAUUUGCCAUGAAGAACCGGUGAAGGCGUACGUUGCAGUGUAAUUUGCAGUGUAAGCGCCAUCGGGCUGCAGCACCCACAAAAUCUCUGUCGUCCUUCACUCGGGGCUUGCACCCAUGGCCGUUCCUAGCAUUCCUGCUCUCUCUGUAGGUCUACACUACAGUCUACUCUACUGCGCUCGCGAUCCGCUCUGAAAGGCCGUGUUCACACUUUGGGUGCCAUGAUUGAUGCAUUUUACGUAUCAGUUGUGAAUCUGCCACGCUGCGUACGGUGCCGGCUCUGGAUGUAGUGUGAACGAGGCCGUCACCGCACACGUCCGGGAACCUGCCGAUACAAUUGUAGAAGCUGCUGAGAGACGUGGCGGUAUUCAUUUGUGACUGUACAUACGGAGGCUGCUGAUCUUAGUUGCGCCAAGUUUCCAAACACUUGGGGGUAAUUGUGCCUGAAAACACAAAGCUCAUGAUUGUGCAUCUUCUCGGCGGCGCGCUCGCCGCGUAGCGUCCCCUCCCCCUUCCCUUUGACUUGUUAGUAGCGUCAGAAUACGUUCUACCUGCUGAAUGUCUGAUAUAAUAUUAGUUUUUGGUUAUUUUUUGCACAACUCUUUGCUCUUUCCUGAGGUAUUUAGUACGUGUUUUAAAGAUUACGAGUUCCGGCCGACCCUGUUACGCGGGGUCACGUCGCCAUUUUGUUAACGCAUCAUUGUAUGGCGUUAAAUUGCGUCAGAUGUUUAAAUCACUUUACUUGUAUUGCGUUUUAUGCUCCGUUAAAAUCCAAAGCCGCAUAAAAAAAAAAUCAGGAUUGCUGUUGGCUGCCAUGCUUCUGUUUCAUCUCACUGCUGUCCCCUGCUGGUUCAGUGUCUGCAGUGCACUGUGUUUUCCACUGUGUUGCACUGAGAGACGUGGUGUGCACCAGGUACUAUAUAGUGAUGAAAGACCCAGUGCAGCAUGUGUUCACGGCAUUGCAGGAAGCUGCUGCUGCGGUGUCUGGACCCGGCUCAUCCAAGCAGCAGUGCGUUUAAUGCUGACUUAUGCAACCC